AUUCUGGAAUUGAAUGAUCAGACAUCAGAGGAAAGGCUCAACUCACUGAGGAAAUGAUAACUCAAAACAGCUGCUAUGAGUGCGUAAUAGAGGACGAUGACACAACCCAGGCGUCCCAAAACGUGCUUGACUGGGCUCGCCAGGACAAUGUGGACCUGCUGGAGAACCUCCUGUACAAGCACCCGGAAUACCUGCGCAUCCGGGACCGCUCCAAUGCGGGCGCUCUGCACCACGCCGCCUCGGGCGGGGGCCUCCGCGUCAUGAGGAUGGUCGUAAUCAUGGCCGGCGCCGAGGAGCUAAGUGCCGCUGACGACGAGGGUAACACCCCGCUCCACUGGGCGGUGCAGAGGAACAACAGAGAGAGCUGCGUGGCCCUCUUGGAACUGGGAGCGGACCCCAACGUCCUGAACAGAGCCGUCCUCUCCCCUCUGCACCUGGCCGUCUGUCUGGGCCACAACGGCCUCGUCACUCUGUUAUUGUCCCACAGCACUACAAACGCAAACCUGGAAGGUGACCUGGGGAAUACUCCUGUGAUGAUGGCUUGCUCCUCUGAUAACUGUGAGGCACUUUGCACACUGCUAGAUCAUGGGGCAAAGAUGUGUCAUCAGAACAAGCUGGGGCAUUUUCCCAUCCAUGCAGCUGCAUUUGCAGGUGCAAAGAAAGCCAUGGAGUGCAUACUGAGCAAGGGGGAGGAGUACGGUCAUUCAGUUGAAGUGCACAUUAAUUACCUGGACAAGUCCAAAAGCAGUCCUCUUCAUCUGGCUGUUCGAGGAGGGAAUAUAGAAACGAUCAAAUUCUGCAUUUCAAAAGGGGCAAGAAUUGAGCAAAAACAGUGCGACAAAUCCACGCCCCUCCACUUCGCUUGUACUCAAGGGGCCAUAGAGGUCGUCAAGCUGAUGAUUUCAGCUUACAACAGAGUGGAGGACAUCAUCAAUAUCACUGACGGCGCUAACCAGACCCCACUUCACAAGGCAACAAUAUUUGAUCAUGUUGAAUUGGUUGAAUACCUCAUAUCACAGGGUGCAGACAUCAACCACAUUGACUGCAAAGGUCACACCCCGCUGCUUCUUGCUACAAGCUGUGGAGCAUGGAGAUCCGUGGAAGCUUUGUUGUCAAGAGGAGCAAAUAUCCAGAUAAAGGACAAAGCAGGUCGCAACUUCCUCCACCUCGCUGUUUUGCAGCCAAAAGGUCUGAAAAAUCUUCCAGAGAAUGUUCUAGAGCUCGACAGCGUCCGGGAGCUCCUGAGCGACGAGGACUGGGACGGCUGCACCCCGCUCCACUACGCCUGCAGAAUGGGGAUCGCCGCUUCGGUCCAAAACAUGCUAGGCCUCAAAGUGUCGCCGGGCCGAAAAUCCAAGGAUAAGAAAUCUGCCCUCCAUUUUGCAGCUCAAUUCGGACGCAUAAACACAUGCGAAAGACUGCUGGAGUCGAUGAGUGUCUCCAAGCUGCUGAAUGAAGGGGAUGAGAACGGCAUGACCCCGCUGCACCUAGCGUCCCAGGGCGGGCACACAAAAGUUGUGGAUCUGCUGCUCAGGAAAGGAGCUCUAUACAGCAGUGAUUAUAAAGGGUGGACGAGUUUACACCAUGCUGCGGCUGAAGGAUAUACUCAGACCAUGAAAAUCCUCUUGAAUGCGAACAUAAAAUUACUUGACAAAACUGACGAGGAAGGGAACACAGCUCUGCAUGUGGCUGCAAAAGAAGGACACACAACCGCUGUGAGACUGCUACUGAGCAGAGGAGCUGAAUUUACACUCAACAACAAUGACUCAUCCUUCCUACACGAAGCAGUGCAUCAUGGGAGGAAGGGUGUAGCUAACGCUGCCAUUGAAAGCGAAAGAUGUAACGAAGCCGUAUCGGCAUUUAAACCUGGCUCCACAAAGCGUUGUGUUGUUAUGGACAUGAUUGAGUUUCUCCCAGAAUCAUUUAAGUAUCUUUUGGACCUAUGCGUGAAAGAAUCAGACCAAGAUCCUAACAGUCAUGAAUACUGGAUUGAAUAUGAUUUCCGGUAUCUUCAGGCUCCAAUAAUAGUUAUGAAAUAUGCAAAAACAAACAGUGCUGUCAGUAUUCAACCUCUUGCAGCACUGAAUGCAAUGGCCCAGUAUAACCGUGUUGAGCUUUUGACUCACCCAGUCUGCAAAAAAUAUUUAGAAAUGAAAUGGCAUGCUUAUGGGAGCAAAGCUCACAUCCUGAACCUGGCUGUCUACUCUCUGGGUCUGCUGCCUCUGUCCUUCCUCAUCGUCAAUAUGAGACCCUCCUGGCCCACCAACAGCACAUCUGUCUACACAGUGGAUGCAAACUCAGAUAAGCGUGGGUAUUUUAACACAAUCUGCAUGUUCCUGGUCUUGGCCAUGAAUGUGUAUGCAGUUGGAAAGGAGAUUUUGCAGAUAGUGCAGCAGCGCUCAAAUUACUUCAGAGACAUCUCGAAUUGUUUGGACUGGCUGUCUGCGACAUUUUCCAUUCUCUUCGUGAUCCCUCUGUUGCUGAAUGUAGACGGAACCCUGCACUGGCAAGCGGGUGCUUACGCAGUUACAGUUUCUUGGAUUAACUUUCUACUCUAUCUGCAAAGGUUUGAGCACUUUGGAAUUUACGUGGUGAUGUUCGGAGAGAUCAUGCGGACCCUUGUCAGCAUCAUUACGAUUUUCUUCUUCCUGAUGCUGGCAUUUGCGUUGGGCUUUCAUGCUCUCAUGAUUGAACAGGAAAAGUUUGGCCGACUGGACAUCUCAUUGAUGCAGACUUUUGUCAUGAUGGUCGGGGAGUUAAAUUAUCAAGAGAAUUUCCUUAAUCCCUACCUAAAUCAUUCACUUCCUUUCCCUUAUUUAACAUACUUCAUGUUAGUUUGGUUCAUCCUUCUCAUGCCAAUUCUUCUCAUGAACUUGCUGAUUGGUUUAGCCGUCGGCGACAUUGCUGAGGUGCAGAAGAAUGCUACUCUAAAGAGGAUUGCAAUGCAGAUUGACCUUCAUACUAGUCUGGAAGAGAAGCUGCCGUACUGGUUCAUAAAGAGGGUGGACCAGUCCAAGAUAACAGAAUACCCGAACAGAAAGUGCAAAUCAAAGGCCUACUUCCUCUGUUUCUUUCUCGGCUGGGAGGAAAAGAGAACGGUCCGUACCCAUCUGAAGUCUGACAGUGGUCUGCUGACUCCAGUGGAAUAUGAGCUGAAAAAUCAGAAGUGCAGAUUAAAGGAAAUGGCCAGUGUCCUGGAGAAGCAGUACAAUCUUUUGAAGCUGAUCAUUCAGAAAAUGGAGAUCGUUACCGAGGCAGAUGACCAAGAUGGCCCGGAGCUGGCGCAGAGCCACUUUGAGGGGAGACUGGCCAAGAGGAGCAAGUGGAUUCCACUGGUGAAGGCGGUGGUGAAAAAGGAAUAAAGUCAGAGCACAUCUCACAGGACUGACCUGGUUCCCCAUUCCACAGCGUACCCUGUACAUACAGCCAUGAAAGGCAUCAGCUUCCCUGCUGGUUGUGCUUGUCAAAUGUCUGUGUGAACGGCCCAUUUUCUGCAGUUGCAAUGGACGUGUCCUCUCUGCUGCCGUGUUUGUGCUUUACGUGCUGUGCGCUCGCUUCCAGGUUACUCCCACUGAGCGUCUUGCGUUAUCUUUAGCACGGGGUGCAAAAUGUAGAGCAUAUGCUCUACAGAGUUGGAGAGCAUGUACAUUUUUAAUUGCUUUUUUUUUUUAGAAACACCUAGAAAGUUCUUAGCCACGGUUGGAAUUACAGAGUGCUUUGUUCCGUAGGAAGGAUGUGUUUUUAUUUGUAAAUCCAUAGACAAUUUGGUUCAAGCAGACCAAGGGAAGUUCCAAGACAAGUAAAAAAGGAAGAUGAAAAAGAAGGUUUGGAUGCUGUCACUAGAGGCCAUUAGUGGCACUUUCCUUCUGUAGCAGCAGAAGGGACAGAGCCCCUCCUUGCAAAUGCACUUAGGGUGCACUAAUGUUUUCAAGAACCAUGAAAGCCAAUUUAUAAUUUAUGUGCUAAGUGGAAUUGCUGACUGCAGACAAGCAAAGAAAAUGAAAAGUCUACCAUAUAUAGGCACAUCUGUAACCAUUUGUCUCAUACACAAUAUUAUAUAUAUACAAUACAAUACACAUUUACGACUAUAACAAGCAGCCUUGAUUAUGUGAUUUGGGGUGAUGUAGAUCACAAGACCUGCAUAUCAUAAGCUUUAAUUAAUUUAUUUAUUUAUGAAUUUAUAUAUUAAUCUAUUUUCAGAUUUGAAACUUUUUCCAUCACAUUUUUCAUUUUUGAUUGAAAUUCGAAACACAGAGCUUAGUUUUCAAAAUGGUCCAGGGCCACACCUGUCUUGUGGUCUCUGUUCAGCAGUUCUGAUUCACAUUCUGGUGUGAUUACAAUGCUAGACAUUUCACAUAUGCCUCCUGUUAAACCAAACCAGCCUUCUAUUCAAAUUGUUAAAUUGAACACGGCAUUUUCCGCUCAAAAACCUCCCAUGGGAAAUAGCUACACAAUGUGUCUUACAUGUUUGCACCUUCAACCUGUUUGAGUUACUGUUACCUGUUUCUGAUUUCUGUAACACCUGCUUAGAUUACAUUUUUUUUUUACACAAGGUUAUCAUAAUCAUUAACGUAUUGUUUGAAUACAGUACAUCCCAUUACAUAUUUUUGUGUGCUGACAUUUAUAAUCUUACUGCUUCUCAUGAAAAGUACAUUUGUGUAUUCAUGGUAUACUCUCUGCCAGUGAAGUAGCAUGCAAUAUUACCAGAUACUCUAAGGUAAUGUAUUUUAUAAACUUGGCUGUUCAUUAAAAACUUAUCAAUUUGACAAACA